AUUUUCAAUUUCAAUUUUUGAAGGUUUUCUUCAAAUGUGUUUGGCGUCAUGGAUUGGUAGCGAGACCAUCGUAGCGGGAAUUCGGACUUUCACAGCUUCUGUUUCUUCCGUUUGAAGCAGUUCUUCAGAUUUCAACUCCUCGUCUUCUUUUUGAAGUGAUUCUUCUCAUUUCAACUCUACUUCUUGUUCUCGCUUUUUCCUUCGCCGGUUUUGGGCUGACCCGAAUCUGAAUCAUGCCAUCUUCUACAGAUCUCUUCACCGAUUCCCAUUACAAACGAUAUGGCUUCCAUUCGAAGACAGACUAUGAUGAUGAUUCACCUCGCACGGUUCCGAAUCGGUGCGAACCCAUUAUCGCUCGCUCCAGCUCCUUCCACUCUCCGUCCACCUCGCCAACUUCGAGGAGUCAUCAAUCAUCUCCGACUCAUUCCCCCAGACUUGGCCCCAGUCGGCUCUCGAGCUUCCAUAGAUCCCAUUCUUCACUCUCUUCUUCGCCUUUCGGAUGGAACGCAUGGGGCUUCUUGAGAAACUGGAAGUUGCAACUGAAUCCGCCUCAGCAGCACAAGGGAAAGUUGAAGGCGGGAAAGUCAUGGUAUCGCACGAAACGAGUGAAAGGGCUUCUGUUGCUUCUUGGGCUGCUGGGUUCAUUCUUCUUGGUUAAUUGGAUUAUGCUUACGCGGUUGCAAGAUGAAGCGGCCCAUUCAAUCACUGAGUCAUCGAGAAAUUCAUCUGCUGAUUCAGUUCCGGUUUCGGUUCAGGGAAAAUGGAAAAAAACUAGAAAAGGGAAAAAGCCCCAGAAGGGAAAUUUUGAAAGAUUGUUGGCUUUGGCUGCCCAUGCUUUGGCAGAGAAUAAACGUGAGCCUAAAGAUUUGUGGCAGGAGCCCUUUGCUCCUGCUUCUGCGUGGAGACCUUGUGCUGAUCAGCGUAAUUGGGAACCUAGUGAGGGAAAUAAUGGAUACAUUUUGGUUACUGCAAAUGGUGGAAUAAAUCAACAACGAGUAGCUGUUUGCAAUGCGGUGGUUGUGGCGCGAUUACUUAAUUCGACUUUGGCUGUUCCCAAAUUUAUGUUUAGUAGUGUAUGGAGAGAUGUAAGUCAGUUCAGUGAUAUCUAUCAGGAGGAGCAUUUUAUACAAUACUUAACUCCUGAUAUAAGGAUAGUGAAGGAACUUCCCAAGGAAUUGCAGUCUUUAGACUUGGAGGCAAUUGGUAGUGUUGUGUCAGAUGUUGACAUGGGAAAAGAGGCUAAGCCAAGUUUUUACUUGAAGAACAUUCUGCCUAUUCUACUUAAAAAUCAAGUUGUCCAUUUGGUUGGAUUUGGGAAUCGCUUAGCAUUUGACCCAAUACCAUUUGAGAUGCAGAGACUUCGUUGCAGAUGCAAUUUUCAUGCCCUGCGUUUUGUCCCCAGAAUACAAGAAACUGGUGCUUUGCUUCUUAAAAGGUUGCGCCAGCAUACUGGUCAUAUUGGACUGUUGGAUUCAUAUCUCAUUGGUCCAUUUGCAGAAUCACUUUUGGAGGAAAGAGGAAAUCAUUCCAAAAAAGCAUCUAAAUAUCUAUCUUUGCAUCUCAGAUUUGAAAUUGACAUGGUAGCUCAUUCUUUGUGUGAAUUUGGGGGAGGUGAAGCCGAAAGGAAAGAAUUGGCAGCUUAUCGUGAAAUCCAUUUCCCUGCACUGGCACAUCUAGUGAAGACCACAAAAUUGCCCACUCCUUCAGAGCUAAGGUCUGAAGGUCUGUGCCCCUUGGCACCUGAAGAGGCAGUCCUUAUGCUUGCGGCUCUUGGUUUUAACCGGAAGACUCAUAUAUUUGUAGCUGGUUCUAAUUUGUAUGGAGGUCAAUCACGGUUGACUGCAUUGACCAGCUUGUACCCUAAUUUAGUGACUAAAGAGAACUUGCUCUCUUCAUCUGAACUUGAACCAUUUGCAAAUUAUUCAUCUCAGUUGGCAGCACUGGACUUCAUAGGCUGUACUGCUGCUGAUGCAUUUGCCAUGACCGAUUCAGGAAGUCAGCUAUCAUCUUUGGUGUCUGGGUACCGAAUAUAUUAUGGUGGCGGCAAAAUGCCAACAAUACGACCAAAUAAGCGCCGGCUCGCCAGUAUCUUCACCAAGAACUCAACAAUAGAAUGGCGAGUGUUUGAACAAAGAGUUAGGAAAGCUGUUAGACAAACCAAACAUGUGCAGACAAGGCCCAAAGGGAAGAAGUAUUUACAGGUACCCUCGCUGUAAAGAAUGUAUGUGCAGGACAGAUUGAUCUAUUCUUUUGCACUUUAUUUGGCUUACAAAUACCCAUUGCUUUUGGUAACAUUGUAUUAUUUAUUACCACCCACAAUGCCAAUGACAUUGUGGAUUUGUAAAUGUGGUGCAUGAAAUGCCCCCAUUUUGACUGUGCAUAAAGUUUUCAACUUUCAAAUAUUGAUUAUGAUGAGAAUACUUAUAACA